AUGUCUGAAUCUCCACCUCCAUCUUCAUCUUCCUCUGUUUUAACUCAGAACGUAUCAAAACCAGUUUCGGACAAACUUCUUGACAAGUACAUUGACGUGUCUGAGUUUCAGUUCGAUUAUCAGAAAAGUGGAAUCUGGUCUCCACCGUUUCAACGCACCGCUUUUCUUACACCACAAGGCACAAUUCUCACAGGUAAAGAAAUGGCAAAGAAGCUAGAGAGUGUUCUAGAACCUCCACGGAUCAAAAGGUCCAAACCGGGUCUCUCUGGUUGGGUUACACUAGCAGAACCAACAUGAACAAACCUGUAACCGUAUGUAAACCAAAUGCCAAUUCAGAGUUCAGUGAAGAUUCUUGUUUAUAAGGAGAAAGAAACUAAACGCACCUUGGAGUCAGAGUCUGUUGAAUGUACGCUAGAAUGGUCCUUCUUUGAAAGUCCGGUAAGGUUAAGCUUACCAUCAUACUCAAAGA